AUGAAUUGUCACUACAAAAUCAAAUACCACCCGAACCUUGUAUCCGAAGGGUUGAAAGUUCGUUAUGUGGACGUCAGAGAGUCGUACGCUGCCAUAUUAAGCGGUUUGAUUCCGAAGAAGAAUUAUUCGGUCCAAAUACAGCCNGCCGGCGAUACAGUGGAAUUUAAGUUCUCAACGCCAUCAUGUUUGGAAGUCAACAAUUUCAACUUUAACUCGUGUCCUCCGAAUGAACCGUACGACGUGAAGCUGUACGUGACGCAGACAGCGGGGCAUACUGAUAAGAGCACAUACAACGCCCAGGUGCGCUGGAAGAGCCUGAACGGUCGGGGGGUGGACUAUUUCACGAUCAAGUUGAACAACGAGGCGAAGAACGUGUCAGGUAAGCACUACAUAACUGCGGCGGACGCGUCAGGCGUCACUGAGUACGUGGCGUCGUUCGACGAUGUGCCGUUUAAAGACUGGUGCUUGGUGAGCGUACAGGCGUAUUCAAGCUUAGGCCACAGCCAAGAGCUCGUGGCGUGGCUGCAGCGCGACCUCAACGAGACCGUGGCCACGGAUUCGCGGCAUUUGUUCUACUAUCCGUCGUGGACGACGGUCACGCUGUUCGGCUUGAUGGCUUUCUGCGCGGCGUUGGCAGUCGGACGGCACUUGCACCGGCGCGCGGCGGCCGGCACGGAUCGAGGUAGCAAGGGCGGCGUGUCGGCGGACGGUUACGACAUGGUCAUGCUCAAGGGGCUGGACGACGUGGACGUGUUGCUGGACGAUAACGCGGUCACUGUGUCCGACGUGUUCCUAGGGCACGGCCACUUCGGCGUGGUCAGAAAGGGCACGCUAAAAACGGCUGACGGCCUGGUGUGUUCAGUGGCCAUCAAGUCGCUCCGGGACCGACCCAGUGGUCGGGACCGGGACGAGUUCUUGCGUGAGAUACUACUCAUGCAGAAGGUCGGCAAGCACCCGAACAUCGUGUCCAUGAUCGGAUGUUGUCUGGAUGCCAACCGACGAUGCAUGCUGGUCGUCGAGUACUGUCCGUUGGGUGACUUGCAGACUUAUCUGAGAAAGGUCAGUAUAAAAUCGUGGUACGCCAACGACUUUUACGUCGGCCGGACGGAUCAGGCGGAGCUGACAGCUGCGGAGAACAGCAUCAAAGUAGUCGAAUCGCUACAGGAAGCGGUAGGUCCGCCGCCGAUGGUCUUCAACAACUGUUACUUGUACCACGGCGAUGAAAACGUAUUCCUCACGGUGGAUGACUUGUUGUGUUUCGCCAGCCAAGCCGCAAACGGCAUGCUGUUUUUGGAAAAUAACCGAGUCGUGCACAGGGACUUGGCCGCCCGGAACAUACUACUCAGUGACCAUCGCACGAUAAAGAUUUGCGAUUUCGGCCUUAGCCGGGACGUGUAUGAACAGAACCUCUACCAGAAGUCAAACCGCGGCGAUCCACUGCCAGUAAAAUGGAUGGCCCUGGAGUCGCUCAAGUACCAGCUAUACACCACCCAGAGCGAUGUGUGGUCGUUUGGUGUGCUUCUCUGGGAAAUCAUGAUGUUGGGUGGGACUCCGUACCCGACGAUAAGUUCGUCCAGGAUAUACGAAGUAUUGUGCAGGGGUUACCGUAUGCCCAGGCCUACCUUGUGCUGUUACAGUUUGUACGAAGUCAUGCUCGCGUGUUGGCAAUCCAACCCAGCAAACCGACCGAAGUUCGGCACGAUCAAAGACACAAUCGACGGUAUAAUGGAAAAUCAAUACACAUAAUCACAUUGUAAUUUUUACCAAUUUUUUUUAUAUAUAAUUAUAUUAUAAUAUACGAUUUUUUUAAAAAUAUAACAUAUAUAGAUUGA